AUGACAACAUCAGAACCCACCGUCACGGGAAAUACCGUGUAUGAUGUGGUGAUUGUCGGAGGAGGACCGGUUGGACUUUUGCUGGCAUAUCAGCUCAAGCGGUUCGGGAUAUCAGUUUGUGUUCUCGAGCAGCACAGGAAGGAAACCCAAGAUGCGUAUGGACGAGCCAUUGCCUUGUUCCCGCGCACUUUGGAGCUGCUGGAUCAGCUCGGCCUUCUUGACCCUAUGCUGCAGUUGGGUUUUGCCUGUCGAAAUAGUGUGACGUAUAAGAAUGGCGAGCAGAUCAUCCCUGGUCGCGUCUGGGCAUUCAUGGAGAAUAUCAAAGACACUUCCUUUGACUUCACUCUCGUUCUGCGACAAAUGUACACCGAAUCCAUCCUCCGAGAUAAACUCCAGUCUGUCGGGGCAGUGUAUCAUCAAGGCGUGGAGUGUAUUGAUUUCGACUGCGACGAGGCUAUAAGCGUUGAUGGACAUUCCGUCACAUCAACCUUCGUGAACAGGGCAACGGAGGAGACUUUUCAGUUUAAAAGUAAAUAUAUCAUCGGCGCAGAUGGGGGCCGCAGUUUCGUUCGCCGACACGCAGGCAUUGCUUUCGAAGGAGACACGUCGGAGGACAAAUGGAUUCGAAUUGAUGGUAUCGUGGAGACAGAUAUGCCAAUUACUCGAGCUUAUGGCGCAAUUGAGAGCGAAACGCACGGAAAUGUACUCUGGGCGCCUCUGGACCACGGCGCAACAAGAAUCGGAUACGCAUACAGCCCAGCCAUCGCAGCCAAAUAUCCGGACGGCGUCACUCAAGAGGUGGUGGUGCAAGAAGCAAUUGAAAGCAUGAAGCCCUUCCGGGUUGAAUUCAAGGAGAUCCACUGGUGGACGUUAUAUACAAUCGGACAGCGCAUCGCAAAGACCUUUUCGAGCCGCGGCCGCAUUUUCCUUUGCGGCGAUGCAGCCCAUACGCAUAGCAGCGGCGCUGCCCAGGGACUCAACACGGGCAUACACGAUGCUGUCAACCUGGCGUGGAAACUGGCGUUGCAGAUUCAGGGCACCGCGCGUCCAGAGGUGCUGCAGACAUACGCCUCUGAAAGAGCUUCUGCUGUGCAGAAGCUGAUUGAGUAUGAUAAAGAUAUUGCUCUGCUAAUGUCCUACAAAUGGCCCGCGUGGUACAAGGGCGAUGCCCAGGCAGACCCCCAUCUCGUCUUGGGCGAGAUCUUUGACAGGACAGCCUCGUUUAACACUGGCCUAGGGAUUUCCUAUUCGGAAAACAUCUUGAAUCAGAAGCAACGUGAUGAUAUCUGCUCUGUAAUUCCAGGCAGUCGGCCUCCGGAUGUGAAGGUGACAGUCCCUGGAACGAACCAGGGCAUACGACUGCAGGACAUCACACCAAACCAAGCCACCUUCUGGGUUCUCAUAUUUACUGGGAGUAAUAACUUGAAGAUCCAGGGCCUCAUGCAGGAGUUGCAGCGGUUCCUGGAUACGACGUCGGAGCUCAUAUCGUGCAAGGCCAUCAGAUGGUUGACAAUCAUUACCGGCGCUGGUUGUUCACCGUAUGAGGCACUUGAAAGAAGACCAUUUGGGGAUGCGUACUUUGACGCUGACAAUGUGGCCCAUGACAGUCUGGGGAUACAGUUGGAAGAGGGAGCGGGGGUAAUCCUCCGACCAGAUGGAAUGGUUGGCACAACGUGUGGAAUACGAGGGGAUACAAUACACCAAUAUUUGUCUAGCAUUUUGUACUUGUAG